AGGAAAAUGAAGUCUGCAUUGUACUUUUGUUUGUUGCUUCUUGGACUUCAAGUCCAGGGUAAACAAGGGUCCAACCUCAAUGAUGAACAGCAGGAACAAAAAAUAUCCCAAUCCCCAGAUGACUAUUCCCAGGCUGAAGGUGAAAACUUGGCUCAUGUCAAGAUAGCUCCCAGCAACGCUGACUUUGCAUUUAAGUUUUACAAGCAGAUCAGAGACGAAGUGGGCAACAACAAGAACAUUUUCUUUUCUCCUUUGAGCAUCUCCAUUGCCUUCGCAACACUGUCCCUGGGGGCCAGAUCAAAUACUCUCCGAGAGCUGCACAAAGGACUUGCCUUCAACCUGACAGAGAAGGAGAUCCAUGAGGGAUUUCAGCAUGCCCUCCAGCUGCUGAAUGACCCCAACAGAGAAGUACAGCUGGAUAUAGGCAAUGCCCUGUUCAUAGAUGACCAAGUGAAACCACUCCAAAAAUUUUUAGAUGAUGUAAGAAAUUUUUAUUAUGCUGAACUUAUUUCUAGUAACUUCCAGAAUCCUCCAGAGGCUGUAAAGGAAAUCAAUAAGUACAUAGAAACAAAAACCCGUGGCAAAAUUGUUGAUGUAUUAAAAGAUCUUGAUCGGGACACUGUGAUGGUUCUGGCUAACUACAUUUUCUUUAAAGGCUACUGGGAAAAACCUUUCAGCAAUUUGAGGACCAGAGAUGACGACUUCCUGGUGGAUGCCAAGAACUCUGUUAAGGUCAAAAUGAUGCAACAAAAUGCAAACUUUAAUAUCCAUAGGGAUGAGAACUUGUCUUGCUGGGUGGUAGAAAUUCCAUACAAAGGAAAUGUUACUUCAUUUUUUAUUCUACCUGACGAAGGGACAAUGGAGCAAGUGGAAGAUAGUCUGCUAAAAGAAACAGUGUCUAAGUGGCUGCAUUCACUUGAAAAAAGAAACAUCUACCUGGACCUUCCAAAAUUCUCCAUCUCUGGAACCUAUGAUGUUAAGGGCCUGUUUGAGAAACUGGGUGUGACAGAGGUGUUCAGUGACCAAGCCGAUCUCUCUGGAGUGGUAGAAAAACCUCUUCUGAAGGUUUCAAAAGCAAUUCACGAGGCCACAGUGGAUGUUAGUGAGAAUGGCACAGAGGCUGCUGCAGUGACUGUGAUAGGAAUAGUAGGAAUGUCUGCACACUUUCAUUCUCCUCCACACAUCAGAUUCAACAGGCCCUUCUUGAUGUUGAUUAUUGACAAAAGCACUGACGGCCUCCUCUUCAUGGGAAAAAUUGUCAAGCCAGCUGCCAAGGAAGACUAA